AUGAAUUUCACCAUUGUAUUGUUUGUUUCGCUGUUCUGCGGCCUGAUUUCAGCCCAGGAUGUUGGUGAUACUCCUGAAACAGAAAAAACUAGUGAAACACAGGCAUGCUUUCCUGACAUGUGUGAUUUCCUGAAAGAGUUUGGUGGCAUUAAGGAAAAACUUGUAGCUAUGGAAACCAGACUGAAGGACAGUGAAACCAGACUGAAGGACAGUGAAACCAGACUGAAGGACAGUGAAACACAGAUUAUUGAACUGAAGAACAAAAAUAGAACCCUGGUGGCAUUCAGUGCAGCGACAGGAGGGGGUGGACGCAUUGGACCCUUCAACACAGAGACAACAUUAAUCUACGGAACUGUGAAAACAAACAUCGGUGAUGCCUACAGUCAAUAUACUGGUAUCUUCACUGCACCUGUUCAAGGCCUUUACUACUUCACCUUCUACUAUCAUGCCGGAGGAGCACACGCAUCGCAUCUAAUUCUGAUGAAGAACAACCAGCAGAUUGUGACGACCAGUGACCAAAGUACACAGUAUGACGGGGCUGAUAACGGGGGAAAUGCUGUGUUCCUGCAGCUGAAUCAAGGGGACCAGGUGUUUGUGAACUUAAAUGCAAAUGCACAUGUUUGGGGAAACGAUCACAUCACCACCUUCAGCGGUGUUUUGGUCAACUAGGUCAGAGAAAGAGUUAAUAAGGACGUGAUUUUUCUGGAGGUUGACAACCUUUCUUUUGCUUUCAUGCUGCAUGUCAUGGAUCAUAUCUGUGUUCUGUUUAUGUGCCUUCAUUAUUUGUUCAUUGAUUUUUGCUACCAUUUCCUUGAAGCUAGAGUUCCCUAAAAUGUACCACACCUCCAAACACUUUAACCCUUCGUGUUAGGAAAAC